AUGAGGUCAUACAACUUGACAUUAGAUGCUAUGAACUUUAACAACAAUUUCACAACAACCAUUAACCCUGAAAUGCAAAGUUCUAUUAUGCCAUAUGUGAAAGUAUGGACUCAUACAGGAGGUCAAAAAACUCAAUAUACAAAUGGAGACCGUUCAAACUUUUGGCUUGGCAUUCCAUUUGCUGACUCAGAAGACUCUAUGGGUGGUAUUUCAACUGUUGGUACUGUACAAAUACAAUAUACUGGUGACAGAGACGGUCCAGAUGAAUUGAGAGCAAAGAAGUUUACAAAACCAAUAGCACUUUUCACGGAAGAUGCUCUUUUGAAGAUUUGUUCGAUGAAACCUGCUGGGGCUCCUCAGAUUGGCAUAACGACAGCUUCCAUCGAGCAGAUUUUGGCAGCAGGUCAGUAA